UAACAUUGUUCUCUUUCAUGUUCAACCGAGUCUAAUAAAACCCAACAAUGGUGAAGAAUUGGCUACUUUUUCUUCUCAUUUUCCUAUUCCUCUCUUCUGGGUUCUCUUCAGUUUCAGCCGCACCUACUCCUCCUGUUAAAAUUCUAAGUGGGCUUGUCUCCAAUGUGGUCUCUGUUGUAUGGAAAUGGUUUUGGUCUCUACAAUCUACCACUAUAAAAUCUGCAGUUUCUAGCCCUUCAAUGAUGAAAUUCGAGAGUGGGUAUACUGUGGAGACUGUGUUUGAUGGAAGUAAGCUGGGAAUUGAACCAUACUCAGUUGAAGUUUCCCCUACUGGAGGGCUUCUUGUCCUGGAUUCUAAGAACAGUAAUGUUUAUAAGAUUUCAAUGCCAUUAUCUAAAUAUAGCAGGCCAAAACUGUUUGCUGGAUCACCUGAAGGUUACUCAGGACAUGUAGAUGGUAAAAUAAGAGAAGCAAGAAUGUACCACCCGAAAGGACUGACCGUGGAUGAUAGAGGAAAUGUAUACAUCGCAGACACAAUGAACAUGGCUAUCAGGAAGGUCAGUGAUGCAGGAGUCACAACUAUUGCUGGAGGGAAAUGGGGUAAAGGAGUAGGUCAUGUUGAUGGUCCAAGUGAGGAUGCAAAAUUUUCCGAUGAUUUUGAUGUGAUAUAUAUCAGAAGUAGCUGCUCGAUUUUGAUUGUAGAUAGAGGGAACCAGGCAAUUAGAGAAAUCCAACUCAAUGAUGAGGAUUGUUCUUAUGAGUUUGAUGGCAAUUUCCAUCUGGGGAUAGCAGUGCUUGUUGCGGCUGGAUUUUUUGGUUACAUGCUGGCUUUGCUGCAGCGUAGAGUACAAGCGUUGUUUUCUUCUCAAGAUGAUUUGAGAGCACCGACAAAGAAACGUAUGCGAAUGGCAUCAUAUCAGAGGCCUUCUAAAUCCAUUAACUAUAACGGAUGGGAUGGUGAUCAUCAUCGGCAGCAACAGCUGCAAAGGCAUCACCAGUUGCAGAUGCAGCAUCAUCAUCAUAGGCAUUAUUCAUCUAACCCGCAAACUUACUACGAGAAAAGCUGCGAGACAAAUGAGAUUGUUUUUGGUGCAGUUCAAGAGCAGGAUGGACGACGGGAAGCUGUAGUGAUAAAAGCUGUUGACUAUGGAGAUCAUAUCUAUAACCGCCACGACACUCGUCCUCGAUUAAACUAUAUGGGUUAUGCCCAUAGUUGUUGCAGAAGCAUGGUGAUGAAUGAUGGGUGGGCAUUCAUGGUAGAAAACAGACAAAUGAGGUCGAGGAAAAGAAGUAGACGACACAGAUUUACCAAAAAUUGGAAGCUAUAGUGUGGAAUGGGGAAUUAGUUUGACCAAAUGAACAGGUUGAAGGAGAAAAUGUAAGAUUUAAAUGGAAACUUGUAAGCAAACUUUGAAGGGAAACAUGUUUCAGUCAAAAGGGGAA